AUGUCUGAAGCUGAAAAGUUGGACGGGUUGUUCCCAACAUACAAGAGUAUGUUUGCCAUGCCCACAUUUGGGUCUCUAGGUGUCAAAGCACCGCAGAAAUCGUCUUUCGAUUCGGAGUCGAAAUCAAUCUAUUUCUGCGGGAAUUCCUUGGGUUUGUUGCCCUUGAAAACAAAAGAUGCGGUUGCCGAUGAAUUGAAUGCUUGGGCUAUGCGUGGAGUCGAGUCCCAUUUCAAUCACCCAGGCUCUGACAAGACGGCGUGGAAAGAUAUCGAUCUUCCUAUCUUGGAGCUUUUAGCGCCAAUUGUAGGUGCAAAUGUGCGCGAGGUGGCUGCUAUGAACUCGUUGACGGCCAAUUUGAAUGCUUUGCUUGUUGCAUUCUACAAGCCCGUUGGCAAAAAACUGAAGAUCUUGUUUGAAAAGCAAGCCUUUCCCUCUGACUACUAUGCGUUCUUGAACAUGGUAAAGUUACAUGGCUACGAUGAGUCGAAUUUAGUUCAGCUUCAAGUUCCCGAGGGAGAGACUUACUUGCGUACAGAUUUGAUUCUAUCUGCAAUUGAUCAAUAUAAGGAUGAAUUGGCCCUUGUCUGCUUGCCAGGAAUACAGUACUACACUGGCCAGUACUUUGACAUUAAGGAAAUCACUGCUCACGCACACAAGUACGGAAUUGUUGUUGGUUGGGAUCUUGCUCAUGCUGUUGGAAAUGUCCCAGUUGAGUUGCAUGCUUGGGAUGUCGACUUUGCUGUUUGGUGUUCCUACAAGUAUCUCAAUUCCGGGCCUGGUGCCAUAGGAGGAAUUUUCGUGCACGAAAAAUAUACCAAGGAUAAUGACACCACGCACUUUGCGCCUCGACUUGCUGGUUGGUGGGGAACCGACUCCGAGGAACGAUUCCAAAUGUUGGAGAAAUUUAAUCCUAUCCAAUCUGCUUUAUCAUAUCGACAAUCCAAUCCCAGUGUUUUAGAUUGUGUUGCGUUGCAGGCAUCGCUUGAGGUGUUUAGAGAGGCUGGAGGUGUCCUGACGUUGAGAAAGAAGAGCUUGGCUCUCACGAAUUACAUGCAAAAAUUACUUACGCUGUCUCCAUUUUAUCUUCCACAAGACUCUGACAGUACUACUUACGGCUUCAAAAUUCUCACUCCGCUGGAUGAGAACUCUAGAGGAGCUCAACUCUCACUCUUGUUCCAGCCCGCCUUUGAAGAAGAAGAGAAAAACGUAAUGAUGGGUGUGUUCAACUACCUUCAUGAUCGAGCAAUCAUUUGCGACGAGAGACGACCCGGUGUUAUUCGUCUUGCACCAGCACCCUUGUAUAAUACUUUUGAGGAAGUUGCCAUUGUUGUACAGAGACUCAAUGAGGGAUUGGCGGAACAUAGAAAGACAUUGUGA